AUGGGAGCUUUUCAGAAAGGAACCAUACUUUGGCCUGGUGGAAUCGUUCCAUAUCAACCCAAUGCAACUCAUCCCUUUUGGCCCUUGAUCAUAAGAGCAAUAAACGAGAUGAAUGAUAAAACGGUGGUCAAAUUUAUCGAGAGAACGAAUCAAACAGAUUAUGUUUAUUUCACUUCCGAUAAUACUGGAAAUUGGUCCAUUAGCGUAGGUAAAGCGGGAGGACCACAUCAAGUGAACAUUGACAAGAAUGUAAGAUCCUUGCACGAAUUGGGGCAUGUUAUCGGGUUGAUACAUGAACAUCAAAGACAAGAUCGAGAUAACUUUAUUGAGAUUAAAAGAGAUUUCAUAGAUUCCGGAAACGAAUGGAACAAAAACAACCUCCUUGACACGAUGGAAAUCGAAUAUGAAACCGAAUAUGACGUUCACUCAUUCAUGCAAUAUUGGGAUACCGCUGGUGUAAAUAAUGAAACAAAAAAUAAAGAAUUGGCCAAAAGGAUUUUUACCGGUAUUGCCACUAUUGGAAUCUCAGAAAUUGGACCUAAUGUUGAAGGUCGUUCGAUGGUAUAUAAACGUGAUAAAAAUUUACGUAUUAGUACUAGUGAAUUCCUUUCUCCUUUGGACAUCGUUUGCAUUAAUAAUGUCUACCGUAAUUACGCACCUGCAUCCUGA